AUGGCGGCGCCCUACAGUCGUAUUCUGGACCUUGCAAAGGUCCAAUGUCGAAUCUUUUCACUUAACUUUAAUCCACAAAGGUUACGGCUGGGAAAUAAGGUCCUUCGACAGCGACUUCGCGGCCCAACACUUGCAGAAUGGUAUCCGAAAAAGGCUGUUUCUUUCCGUGACUUACAAGACAGUUACAAGCCUCUCGGCUUAACCAUGUUCGAUGAAGCGGAGGAUGAUAGAGAGGAGGCUAUCCAAAUUGCGAAGCUUCGAGGAAAGGGUCGGCCAAAGAAAAAGAGAACAGCCGCUGAAUCGAGAUCCGCAAAGAAAAAGAAAUAG